AUGGAUUCUACGGAAAUGGGACUUGGUGUACUGGUAAGUAACAAAUUCAUGAACUUCCAUGCAUUGCUUCGCCCCGAUGUAAAGGAAUCCGCAUUCCGGUACAUGUUUUCUUGUCGAAUCCGGUAUCCGGGAAAUUUCUCUUUUGGAAUCUGGAAACGUCAUGACCCGAAGGGUAUGUGCCGCUGGCCUCUCGGAGCCCCUACCCCAUUGUAGUCCAUUCUGUGGCCAAUUAUAGACGCUAUCUUAGUCACUUUUGGGCAAAUGUGUAAUUUUCGCGAUCCCAAUUUAGUCACUUUCUAUUUGUGUAUGUACAGGCCCAGUAUAUUGAAUGAAGAACACUUUACUUUUCACCUACAAUACAAACAUUCUGGUACGUUUGCUAACCGUAAAUAUGAAGAACUGUCAGAAAACUACAGAAAAUGUGCGACCCCAUUCUAGUAACUCUAUUGAAAAUGCCACCCCAUGAAAGUCAAUCCAGUCGUGAAAAUGCGACCCCCAUCCAGCGGCACAUGCCCAUUAGCCUCUUACAAGGUAGUACCCCCUACCUCUCCCCCCGGUUGUGAUGAUCGUGGCGUUUGGAAUCCGGAAUACAGCUCAAGAAAUCCCUCAAUCCCAUCAACGAUUGGAAUUCGGAUCCAAGUUCCACUGACAAAGAAUUCUGAAUCCAGUACCUGGUAUCUGGAAUCCAAGGCGUGGAAUCCAGGAUCACCAAGGGUCUCUUGGAUUCCCCAACAUGGGGCGAGUUGUUUCCCGUCGUGAUAAGUUCAUUAGAUUCUGUAAUACCAGUUAUAUUCCGUGGGUAAGAAGUAAAAACUGUAGCUUCAUCGACAGAAUCAUGAUGUGAAAUGGUUACAGAAAACAACGAGCGCGAUUGGUCCUUUGCACGAUUUAGCCACAUGCUUGGGCCGCUUAACAACGGCUCGCUGAACGGCAAGCCAUUCAAGCGUUCAUUCAGAUCACAAAACUUUGGGUGUGAUCGGGCGAAGCCUUCUUAGGUUAAUUGAAACGUCUUUAAGUCUUGUAAUCCAGUGAUGUCGGUUUAUUUUCAACAGAGUAAUUAAACUAGGAAUGCUCAUCGAUGGCCCUCGAAUGAACCCUUGGAUGGCUUGCUAUCCAGGGAGCAGUUGAUAAGUUCUAUCCAAAUACGUGACAGGGUUUUGCUAAGAGCCAAUAGUCUUGUGGCCUCUCCACAGACCGUUAGUCUAUGAACUAAGUAACCAGGCCAGUGUUCACGUUAUACAGGUGAUCAAUAAAGAGGUUGAUCAUCUCGUUACGUCAAACGGCAAACGCGAAUUUGUACCACGUGACCAAGUUUUCCAUUACUUGUCGUUUACUGUUCAUUAUUUCUACACAUAAAUUAGUAGUUUCACGCAAUUUUUCAUUCAUAAGAAUUGUUUUGAGCUGUUUUUAUCUGCUAAUUUUCUAUUUUGAGAAAGUUUCAACUUGAAUCUGACGUUCGCCGUUUGCCGAAUACGCGAAGCUUAAAUUCUUUUUGAUGUGGUGGUCUCGGUAAAAUUAAAGGAAAGAGGUAAGGCAGAUUGGAAGUCUGGCUAGCCCUCUUUCUCCCUCUGAUUUUGAACAACUCUGAUACAAGAUAUGAUUAUAAACGAUAACACUGAAAUACAUUCGAUACAACUGGCUCAUGAACGGCCUAUUUAAUUUUUACUUAGUAUUACUUGCCACUCUAUGAAAGGCUAAUUGUUGAAUAGGACCGUUGCUGAGGAGAGUAACGAAAGUAUUUUACAUUGGUUGCCUGAUCGGCCACGCUCAAAUCCCUUUUUAUUCCCGACUUCCUAGCAUCCUUAGUCACGGAAGGUUUUUAAUAGCUCAAUUUGUGCUGAACUGGACGCAGAAUAUAUUGAAGUUCACGGGUUCAAACUCUCGGACCCGUCCGAACCUAGGGAUCAUGAACAGGGCCCCUUCAUACUCUCUUGCGGCCGAGACGGACUUAGGGUGUUAAAAUUAAUGCGAUAUAAACUACAGUGAAAAUCUGCGACUUAGAACCUAGUUUUUAAGAGCCUUUUACGAUAAAGUUUGACAGUCAGACCCCUUCUAUACAAGAACGUGUUUGGCCUAAAAAGUUGAAACGGGUUCUUAUUUUUCGAAAUCGAAAAUUCUGUACACUCGGGCAAAUUGGAUAAGGCAACCUUCAGGAACCUCUUUGGAGGAAUAGGUCUCUUAUUACUCCAACUGCAGUUAUUGCAAUCUGAAACAAGUAUACAGGGUUUACCUAGGGAAUGAGCUGAACACCACUUCAUGCUCUUAGCUACGAUGUUUUGUUUUUCUUCAGAAAAUAAGAACCUAUUUAAGAACCUAAAAAGUGUGCUCUUGAGUAAACAUUUAUCAAAGAAUCUGUUAAGGCUAACUUGGGAAAAUAAAGGCCCUAGUCGCGGGUUUUUACUGUAUUACUCUCUCUCGACUGUUAGUUUACUCUCCUCAUUUGCCUCUCCUUUUCUUUUAUUCAAGAUCUCGACGAGUGUACAGCCAACAUUCGUUGAUGUAAUUCAAAUGCGUCUUGUACAAAUAACUUGGGAUCUUUUACGUGCAACUGCUUUCUUGGAUUUUCUGGAGUUGGUCAAACUUGCAGUGGUAAUGACAUUUCUGGGCUGUGAUUUUUAA